AUGCCCAAGGAGAAGACCACCCGCAAGACCACCAAGACCCGUGGCACUGAGCGCAGAAAGAAGGACCCCAACGCCCCCAAGCGUGGUCUCUCUGCCUACAUGUUCUUCGCCAACGACAACCGUGAGAAGGUUCGCGAGGAGAACCCCGGCAUCUCUUUCGGCCAGGUUGGCAAGAUGCUCGGAGAGCGGUGGAAGGCUCUGAGCGACACCGAUCGUCGCCCUUACGAGGAGAAGGCUGCCGCUGAUAAGAAGCGUUACGAAGACGAGAAGGCCAGCUACAAUGCGGCUGCUGAGGAGGACGAGGAAUCAUCCUAA